AUGGACUUUCAAUUUACUCCCAACACUUCCAACAUGGACAUUCAGCAAAUACUCGCAUCUCCUCUAGUCACCUUCGUCGUGGGGCCUGAAGAACAUGAAGUCCGGCCCCACGCCUACGCCAUCUCCAGGCAAUCGCCGGUCCUCAGGGUACUUCUCGAAGGCCCUUUCAAAGAGGCAAAAGACAAAAUAGUCAAAUGGCCCGAGGUCGAUGUGGAAACUUUCUACCGCUUUAUGGACUUUGCCUACCGUCAAGAUUACAGAGUCCCAGAGCCCCUCAAAGUCCCAUUUCCACCAAUCCCUCCCCUCGCCCAGAAGAUCCCCGAGUUUGGCCCUCAACACCUGGUGAUCUUCAAUUCCUGGGGUGGUCCACAACACUUUGAAAUCCCCUACAUCAACGACUGGGCUACGAGCGACGAUUACCCCGGCGCACUGUGGACUUGGUGCGGAGACGGCAACAGAAGGGAUGAAGAUUGGUCCCCAGCUCUGGCGGCACACGCCAAGCUCUAUGUGCUUGGAGAUACAUACCAAAUUAUUCCCCUUUGCCGCCUUGCCUGUUUCAGGGCAUACAGUAUCCUAAGAAGAUACUGUAUUCACGCCCCGGAAUGUCCCGAGAUGGAGGGCCUCAUCUGGUUCGCCAGAUACAUCUACAACAACACCCCCCCACGAUCCGUGACCAAGGAUCCCAUGAGGGAACUCAUCUCGCGGUACCUGGCGAAUAAUCAGGAGGAGGUUCCCGAUUGCGAGGAAUUCCAGCAGCUGCUGGAAGAUGUCCCCGAAUUGGCAGAUGAUUUCAUAAUGGAAUUCACCAAGGAGCAUCAUUUGGAAUGA